GGAGGGAGGAGGUGGAGGCGGCGGCGGAGCUGAUCCUCCACAGUCAGACCCCUCGCUCCUCAUUUCCUAGAGGAGCUCCGACGGAGUCCUGCAAACGUUGGUGCGGCGGCGCAGCUCUCGCGUCGCUCUGCGGGACUGACUUCCAUUAUCGGACAGAUUCCACUGACAGCUGAUGGCGGGGUUCGACUCCUGCUCCUCCUCCUCCCGGAGGAUGGGUUCCGUCCCGGCGAUCUCCGUCCUGGUUCUGUGCAUCGUGGUUCCAGCUCUGGCGGGCUACAUCGAGGCGUUGGCUGCCAACGCCGGUACGGGCUUUGCGGUGGCUGAACCGCAGGUGGCCAUGUUCUGUGGAAAGCUCAACAUGCACGUCAACAUUCAGACCGGCCGCUGGGAACCCGACCCGUCCGGAACCAAGAGCUGCAUAAGAACCAAAGAGGGCGUGCUGGAGUACUGUCAGGAGGUGUAUCCCGAGCUCCAAAUCACAAACGUGGUGGAAGCUAACCAACCAAUUCAAAUCAAGAACUGGUGCAGGAGGGAGAAGAAGGUCUGCAAAGGGCAUGACCACAUCGUGGUGCCUUUCAAGUGCUUAGUGGGGGAGUUUGUGAGCGAUGUUCUCCUGGUUCCAGAGAAGUGCAAGUUCUUCCACAAAGAGCGGAUGGACAUGUGCGUCAGCCAUCAGCAGUGGCACGGCGUGGCCAAAGAGGCCUGUUCAAAGAGCUCCAUGGUCCUGCACAGCUACGGCAUGCUGGUGCCGUGCGGCGUGGACAUGUUCCGCGGGACCGAGUACGUCUGCUGCCCCUCCUCCCACGCCGGCGAGGCCACCCCCGCCCCCCUGCCCUCCCAGGAGGACGACGAGGAGGAGCAGAUAGAGGAUGAGGAGGUGGACCUGGGCGAGCCGCUGGAGGACAGCGAGCCUCCCGCCGACGAGGAGCCCACACCCAAGGAGGUGCGUGUGGAUGAGGAUGAAGACGAGGAAGAAGACGAGGACGAGUAUCAUUAUGUUUAUGAGGAUGAGGAGGAAGACAAGGAGGAGAAGAAGGACGGCAGCAAAAUGUCAGAGGACCUGGAUAAAGACAAGAUUCUGGAGGAAGUGAAAGCGGUGUGCACCCUGGAGGCCGAGACCGGCCCCUGCCGCGCCUCCAUGCCGCGCUGGCACUUCGACGUUAGCCAGAGGAAGUGCGUGCGCUUCAUUUACGGAGGCUGCGCCGGCAACCGCAACAAUUUCGAUUCGGAGGAGUACUGCAUGGCCGUGUGCAAGCGCCUGAUUCAGCCUCCGACUCCUCAGCCCACCGACGAUGUGGACAUCUACUUCGAGACUCCUGCUGACGACAAGGAGCACAGUCGCUUCCAGAAGGCCAAGGAGCAGCUGGAGAUCAGGCACCGCAACCGCAUGGAGAGGGUGCGUAAAGAGUGGGAGGAGGCGGACCGGCAGGCCAAGAACCUGCCCAAGGCGGAGAGGCAGACCCUGAUCCAGCACUUCCAAGCCAUGGUGGAGUCCCUGGAGGAGGAGGCAGCCAGCGAGAAGCAGCAGCUGGUGGAGACGCACCUGGCCCGGGUGGAGGCCAUGCUGAACGACCGGCGCCGUCUAGCUCUGGAGAACUACCUGGCUGCCCUGCAGGCCGACCCCCCCAAGCCUCAUCGCAUCCUCCAAGCCCUGAGGAAAUACGUCCGCGCCGAGAACAAAGACCGCCAGCACACCAUCCGCCAUUACCAGCACGUUCUGGCUGUGGACCCCGAAAAGGCCGCUCAGAUGAAGUCACAGGUGAUGACUCACCUGCGCGUCAUCGAGGAGAGGAUGAACCAGAGUCUGUCUCUGCUCUACAAAGUUCCUUAUGUGGCCGAGGAGAUCCAGGAUGAAAUCGACGAGCUGCUCCAGGAGCAGAGGGCCGACAUGGACCAGUUCCUGUCCUCCAUCUCCGAGUCGCAGCCCGACGUCACCGUGUCGUCGGAGGAGAGCGUGGAGGUCCCCGUGUCCGAGGGCAAGCCGUACCGGCCCAUCCAGGUCACGUCGCUGGGGUCCCGGCCAGAGCCAGAGGGCGAUUUGUCAGACUCCCCACGUGCCUUCAAGACAGGCUCCGCCAUGGCCGGCAUGGACGGUCUGAUAGGCGCCGAGGAGAGGAUCAUCAACAGCAAGCCCAAGAUGGGAGAAAACGUGGUGAUUGAUGAGUCCCUGGAUGUUAAAGAAGUGCGUUUCAGUGCAGAGAGAGUCAGCGUUAUGGAUGAUUAUGAGCAGGUGGCCUACCGCCCCCUGGUGGAGUACUCCAGCUUCAGCAGCAGCACCCUGAUUGGCCUGCUGGUGAUCGCCGUGGCCAUAGCAACCGUGAUUGUGAUCAGCCUGGUGCUUUUGAGGAAACGGCAGUACGGCACCAUCAGUCACGGCAUCGUGGAGGUCGACCCCAUGCUGACCCCCGAAGAGCGACACCUCAACAAGAUGCAGAACCACGGCUACGAAAACCCCACCUACAAAUACCUGGAGCAGAUGCAGAUCUAGCCGCAGACGGAGGGGGGGGGCGCCGUGGAGCCAGAAGGAGGAAGCGGGACGAAGACUACUGACCAAUAACACGCGAUGCUAUCGUUAAACUCAUUUACAUUUGUCCAAACUCCAUGUACUGGUUUGUUGGAGAGAAUCCUUAAGUAAUGCUACUACUUCUACUACUGCUACUGUUGUAUCAUAGAGCUCUUUUUGAUCACCGUUCUUUUGGAGCAGCUGGUGUUCUGUGUGAUUCUGCAAAUUUGAUCGAGAUGUUAACAUUUCUUCAAGGUUUUUUUUUGUUUUUUUUGUUAAAGAGCAAAGCAAAUCAAACUUUCGAGCGCCAUUGUUUUCUUUUCCGGCAUGCGAGUUUGAUUAACGCGGUUUUCCGACGGGUUUCCUCAAAGAGAAUUGGUGUUUUCUUUCUUUUCUUUUUUAUUUUUCCAAACUGAACCGAUUGCUUGUAUAUGAAUUUUCUUUGUACCAUCUAAAUGUUUAGUGAACCGGCAAAUUGAAAUCGAUGAUUAUUUACGUCUUUUGUUACGAUAACAGACAAAAUAUACAGUUUAAAUAGAUAUAUAUAAAUAUGCAUAUAAGAUUAGAUGUUUUUAUUCCACGUUUCUUUCCCAGGAUGGAGGUUGUGGAGGGGAGGAUGAAGGUGUGCACAGACCCCCAGUUCAGAAUCGAUCUCUGAACCGUCACUGACAUGAAUGUCCUUUCCCUUCCUGCACACGAGCCAGCCUUCAUCCGCCGGCCGAAGGUGCAGAAAAGCAGACGUGUUGCAUAGUUGAAUGUACUGUGGAGGGGUUUUCUUCUUUUUUUUAUGGAGAAAUCUCAUUUCUUGCUUCAAAUAAAAGAAAAUAUGACGCUCCAGAUUCAAAACGGACCUCCUUCAACCUUUCCUGAAUUGUUUCAUCCACCAAAAAUCCAUUUUGCAGUGACCUCAAAGUGGGUAAUCGGAGCUGGAGGGCUGUGCAGGCCGGCAGACGCACAGAGUCGAGGCUUGAAGAGCUGGUUUCUGAAACACAAAAAAGCCGACUUGUGUAUUUUUAUAGCUAGAGAACGACACAAACGAGUACAACCCUAGAAGCCCCUUCUCUCUUUAUCUCUGUAUCGUCUUUGUAUGCCUGUAUAGUUGAUGUUGCAAUCAUGGCUUUGAUUUUCCAGAGGGUUAUCUGUGGCGUGCAUCGUUCUUUAAUGAAAUCUCUUUUUACGUUUUCUAUUUCCUUUUCCUGUGACAGUAUCUCUGUAUGUGACUGUCUCACUAUGCACCCCAAUAGCUUCGACCUUGUAACUGCCUGCUUGAUCGUGGGGGCGGGGGACAAAAAAAAUGUUAUGAAUAUUAGUCAAAUUAGGGAGGGAGGGGCCGGGGUGAUCAAAAUGAACUGAAACUGAUUUAUGGUUAUAUUGAGAAAACACAUCAAUAAACUCACACCUUCCAAAUGU